UGUUUUCUUGUAUUUUAAAAUAUAGUGCUGUAAAUUAAGUGCUUAAUUAGUGAAGAAAUAUAUGUAGAAAAUUAAUAAAAUUCCGAUAAAAAGUUUUAAGAUUAGAAGAGAUAAUAAACAUUUUCACAUAAGUUCAAGAAACAGAUUGUCUGUAUAAUGUUAAAAAAAUCUUUAGAUGCGUUUGUCUAAAAUCGAGUCAUUUGAGACCAGUUCUCUGUUGAGUAUUAAAAUCCUUUAACAAAAUAAAAAUAACCAGUGCGUUUCAAAGGAUCUUUAUUAUAUGAAGUGGCAUUAAUUUUAAAAGCCGAAAGUGUCGUUCGGUUAUUUGUCAACGAGUUAAUUACGGACGAGAAUAAAUGUUGACAGAUUUAGUGGGGAAAGGUGGGCUUGUUAAAAUAAGUUGUGACAUGAUGCUUUUGGAUCAUUUAGUUCUUUAAAGUUAGACAAAUAAAAAUCUUCUUAAUAAUUUGACAAUGUAAGGUAGUGAAUAUUAAGGAAAAAUUUUAAAUGAUAUUGAGUUCAUUAAUAAGGAAACGAAUUUAAGAAGAUUACAAAAUGGCAGAGCAUUCGAAAAGGAUUUUGCGGCAUUCAAAUAUAUUGAAUGCAAUACUUUUAUGCAUUACAAUGAUAUAUGAAGCUGGUGGGUUCCGUACCAUGGAACUCCGAAUCACACCACGGGUCGUGCAGCGAGGAAGAAACGUUACAAUGGCCUGCAUACAUCAAGUACCCGACAGUGAAAUUUAUUCUGUACAGUGGUACAGGGGUACGCAGGAGUUCUAUAGAUACACCCCACUAGAAUCUCCCACAACUAGAGUAACACCCGUUAAUGGAAUUAAAGUUGAUAGACUUAACUCGAACGAAACACAUGUGGUUUUACUACGUGUCUCGCCGACUCUGAGUGGAAACUAUAGCUGUGAAGUUAUACAAAACGCUCACACAUUCCCUCACUACACCGCCACGGCGAGGCUCGACGUCGUUGGUAUAGGCGGCCUACGAGCUACAGAGCUACGGAUCUCUCCGCCUGUAGUGCAGCGCGGGUCGGACGCAACGCUCGCCUGUCUCUACGAGCUCACAGACGCCCCUCUCUACUCUGUCAAGUGGUACAGAGGACGACACGAGUUCUACCGCUACUCGCCCACUGAACAACCAGCCACAAAGAUAUUUCCGUUUGCUGGAAUUAACGUUGAUCUGGCAAGAUCUAAUCAGAGUCAAGUGGUACUAACUCGGGUGAGUUUUGGUCUCUCCGGCAACUUCAGUUGCGAGGUGACAGCUGAUGCGCCAUCUUUUGCUACAUCCAUUGUUUCCAACAAUAUGGAGGUUGUUGUACUACCGCCGUCGUCCCCGGUGAUCCACACCAGUCAACACUACUAUAUGCCUGGAGACAUCCUGCGUGCCAACUGCACUUCAGGUCCGAGCCGCCCGCCAUCUGAAUUGACAUUUUACAUCAAUGAUAUACCGGUGUCCCCUGGGAUGUACAACGUGCAACCGGCAGCGGAAGGACUGUUUCGUUCAGAGCAAUACGUCCAGGUACAAUUAUGGCCGGCUCAUUAUGAACGCGGGGCUCCGAUACUUCGCUGCGAGGCCAAGCUCGGGGAGCUUUACAGGGAUAAUUCCGCUGUCGCUCUCUAUUCAGCGAACAGCGAUCCUAAAAUUGAACGAGUGACGUCGCCAGGUUCCGCGGCCAAGCUGCAAACGUGCCAAGUUCUGUUACUGCUCCAUAUUGUUGUCUGGGCUAAUAAUACAUAGACUAAGACUAAACCAUAGACUUGUAUAAUAAUAUAGUUUAAUUAUUAGAUGUAUUGAAAUCAGAUCGAUAUGGUAAUGUGAAUUUGAAUUUAUAGAUAAUUGUACCUAAAGACGAGCUGAAAAUAUACCAAAGAAUGUAAAGACUAAGAUUAUUGUUGAUUUAAUACAAAUUAUA